CUCUUCUUUCUUCUUGCCUUCCAGGUGAAGGGCCCAGGCAUUGGGCUUCUGGGCUUUUCUUUAGGGGCUGAUAUUUGUCUUUCUAUGGCCUCAUAUUUGAAAAACAUCUCAGCCACAGUUUCCAUCAACGGAUCUGGGUUCAGUGGAAACAAACCCAUACAGUACAAGCAGACGUGCAUCCCACCAUUGAACCAUGAUUUUAGAAGACUCAAGGUAGCCUUCUCAGGCCUCCUGGACAUUGUGGAUAUACGAAAUGAUGUUAUAGGAAGGCAUGAGAACCCCAGCAUGAUUCCAAUAGAGAAAGCCCAGGGGCCCAUCCUCUUCAUCGUUGGUCAGGAUGACCAUAACUGGAGGAGUGAGUUAUAUGCCCAAAUAGCCUCUGAACGGUUACAGGCCCAUGGAAAGGAAAAACCCCAGAUCCUCUCUUAUCCUGGGACUGGGCAUAAUAUUGAACCUCCUUACUUCCCCCUAUGCCCCGCUUCUGUGCACAAAUUACUGAACAAACCUAUAAUGUGGGAUGGGGAGCCCAGGGCUCAUGCUAGGGCUCAGGAAGAUUCAUGGAAACAAAUUCUAACCUUUUUCUGCAAACAUCUUGGAGGUACCCAGAAUAUAGCUUCCCCUAAAUUGUAAUGUGUUGGUCUGUUACUGACAUGAGAAAUUCAAGGUCAGACUCUGGUUUUCAGUAAUCAUAUGUGUAUCAGUUGUCCCCUGGAUGAUGUUAAAAAUUCAUGUCGUGGGUAUUAAUGAUGUACUUUAGGUAAAAUUUUUAAUACAUUAUGUUUUCAUUAAUUUUACCAAUGUAACACACGCUUAUUACAGAAGAUUCAGUGAGGUAUACAACAGAAAGAGUAAAAAGCAUCCCAUCUGUUAAAAUUUGUAUUUUCUUUUAGAUUUUACUUAACAUUUUAAGCCAUGGAUGAAAUUUAAAGUUGAACAAAUGCUAGGUUACUUUUCUUUCUUUUUUUUUUUUU